UCCUCCUCCCCCAGCCCGAACCCCUCUUCCUCCCCAGCAGAACCCUCCGCCUCCGCUCCCCCAGGCUCACCAUGGCCUCCUCGCCUCCUCCCCCUUCGUCCCCAUCCACCUCGACGCUCCCGCCGCCGCCCGAGUGGCCCUGCGCCCGCUGCACGCUCCGCAACCCGCGGAGCGCCGCCGCCUGCGCCGCGUGCGACGCCGCGCGUCCCGUGGACGUCGACGACGCGUCGCUGGGCCAGUCCGCCGUCGUCGCCUCUUCGUCGUCUCGCCCGCUCCCGCCGGCCCAGUGGUCCUGCGCCCGCUGCACGCUCCUCAACCCCGGGAGCUCCGCCGCCUGCGCCGUCUGCCGCGCCGCGCGUCCCGUGGCCGUUGACGACGGCGACGACCUGGACUUCUCCGCCGUCGCCGGCGCCUCGUUCCUCCCGCUUCGUCGGGACCCGAGGAACAUAGGUCGCUCUGAUGCCGCGAUGAAGUUAGCUCGCGCGGCGUCGCCGGACGCUGUCUGCGAGCGCGCCGGCUCAAACGAAAGGGAUAAGACUGCCGCCGAAAAAGGGUGCUCUAGGAAGAGAGGCCACACAGCAACGUCAGACAUCGUACACGAGGGCGACGGCUCGAACAAAAUUGAUGAGACGGCCACUGAAAAAGAGUGCUCAAGGAAGAGAGGCUGCGUAGCGUCAGCAGACAUCGUCCAUGAGGACGCCGGCUCCAAUGAAAGGGAUGAGACAACCAUCGAAAAAGGGUGCUCGAGGAAGAUAGGCCGCGUGACGUCGCCAGCCAUUGUCCACGAGGGUGGUGGCUCGAAUGAAAGGGAUGAGCCAACUGCCAAAAAAGUAAAUUCUGAAACUCAUUUGGAUAAGAAGACCAUCAAAGUCAUGACAUACAACGUAUGGUUUCGGGAGGAUUUGGAACUGACGAAAAGGAUGUAUGCUCUUGGAAAUCUUAUUCAGCACCACAACCCAGAUCUUAUAUGCUUCCAGGAGGUUACACCAAACAUAUAUAUGCUUCUCCAAAAAUCUGGCUGGUGGCAAGAAUACAAAUGCUCUCUGUCAGCUAGGAUGGCCAUGCAGAGGCAAUAUUACUGCAUGCAGAUGAGCAAGUUGCCCGUGAGUUCAUUCGAAUGCAUGCCAUUUUCCAACUCAGUCAUGGAAAGGGAGCUGUGCAUGGCAGACAUCAACAUUGGAGGUGCGACCAAGUUGGUGUUGGCCACAAGCCACCUGGAGAGCCCCUGCGCGUGGAAUCAGAUGUACAGCAAGGAACGAGUAACUCAGGCGAAUGCAUCCAUGAGGAUAUUGGACAAGUUCCGCAACGUGAUAUUCUGCGGAGACAUGAACUGGGACGACAAAGGCGACGGGCCAUUCCCUCUCUCAGACGGCUGGGUCGAUGCCUGGGCUGAGCUGAAGCCAGGCGAGGACGGCUGGACGUACGACACGCGGGCUAACGGUAUGCUGGCAGGCAACCGCAAGCUGCAGAAGAGGCUGGACCGGUUUGUGUGCAAGCUGCCGGAUUUCGAGAUCAACACCAUUGAGAUGAUCGGGAAGGAGGCGAUACCUGGGAUAUCACACUACAAGGAGAAGACUGUCCGCAAGGUAGUCCAGAACAUUGAGUAUCCUGUGUUGCCUAGUGACCACUUCGGGCUUGUUCUGAGCAUCACCUACGCAUCAUAGGGUUGAAAAGUAUGUGUAAAAACGAGUAUCACCUACGCAUCACCUACGCAUCACCUAGUAGUAGUAGUAGUGGCGGUGAAUUUUGUAGCCCAAUGGAAAGUACUCCUAUCAAGUAUCUCUACCCCUGGUUGAGAAGAUAACUUAGAGACCGUUUCUGUCCCCUACUGUUUACUUCAGUUACUGGGGAAACA